GAGCUCGCGCCGCGGCUUCAGAUCCGACAAUGACGCGUGCAGAAGACAGUCGAAAAAUCAACUCUCCUCUAUAAAACAGACGAUAUACGAGGCGGGCAAUGAGCGCAGGUGACUCACCGAGGGUCAUUUUGCUUCACCGAGCGAACUCCUGCGGUGCUUCAGCGCGAGCAGACAGAUAAGCGGAAAAACCAUUUCGCAACCUAUUUUGCAUGCAACCUCAGGGGCGCGUGAAGUCUGGGAUAUAUUUUUCCGCCUUCAGUUCAGUCCUAGCAAUGUGUAGCCUGCACAGCUAGUUUUAUCCAAACGAUUGUUGGGGGUGUCAGGACAGACUGAAGGACGCUUGUUUUAAGCAAUAUCAGUUUUUUUCUGCAAGAUGUUUUGAGCGCCAAGGGGGGGGUAGAAAGCGGCUGCUGUCGUUGGGGGGUUUCUUCACUGCGCAGACAAGCGGCGGACUGUCUCUGCGCUACCAGUCGUCUCGUCUGAUCGACAACAAAACAGCAGACAUUUAAGGCAGGGAAGGAGGCAGGGGAGGUGGAGAAAGGUCGUUGGGGGGGGGUUUGUAAUCUGGAAAUAUACGGCGUUAAAAUGACGAUGUCCGUCCCGGAGAGGAAAUCAGGAUCGGAGGGGAAGGAGGAGGAGAGCGAGGAUGAGAGUGAAAUCUUGGAGGAGAGCCCGUGCGGCCGCUGGCAGAAGCGGAAAGAGCAGGUGAGCCAAGGUAAUGUCCCUGGUGUGGAAAGUGCCUCCCUGGCCAUGGACACAGAGGAGGGAGUGGAGGUGGUGUGGAACGAGGUGCUCUUCUCUGACAAGAAGGUCUUCAAAGCACAGGAGGAGAAGAUCAAGGAGAUGUUUGAGAACCUGAUGCAGGUUGAACACCCGAACAUUGUCAAGUUCCACAAGUACUGGCUGGACAUGCAGGAGAGCCAGGCGCGGGUUAUAUUCAUCACAGAAUACAUGUCGUCGGGCAGCCUCAAACAGUUUCUGAAGAAAACUAAGAAGAACCACAAGACUAUGAAUGUGAAGGCCUGGAAGAGAUGGUGCACCCAGAUUCUCUCUGCCCUCAGUUAUCUGCACUCUUGUGACCCACCAAUAAUCCAUGGCAACCUGACGUGUGACACCAUCUUCAUCCAGCAUAACGGCCUCAUCAAGAUCGGCUCAGUGUGGCAUCGCCUAUUUGUUAAUGUGUUUCCAGAUGCCAGCGUCCACGGCAAAGCGAGGCAACAUCGCGAUGAGCAGAGGAAUCUUCAUUUUUUUGCUCCCGAAUAUGGAUCUGACGAAGAUGAUUAUGCCAUAGACAUUUUCUCGUUCGGCAUCUGUGCUUUAGAGAUGGCAGUACUGGAAAUCCAGGCCAAUGGAGAUACUGCCGUGUCCAAGGAGGCCAUCAUCAAUGCAGGUCAAUCUCUGGAAGACCCUCUUAUGAAAGAGUUCACCCAGUCCUGUUUACGCCACGAAGCCAAGCUCCGUCCUACGGCUCACGACCUUCUGUUCCACCGAGUCUUGUUCGAGGUCCACUCCCUCAAACUGCUUGCCGCCCACUGCCUCAUCAACAACCAGUACUUGCUCCCAGAAAACUGUGUGGAGGAGAAAACCAAGUCCUUUGACCCCAAUGCUGUCAUGGCAGAGAUUAAACAUGAAGACAGACAGGGAGUGCAGCUCAAAUAUUCCCAUGUGUCUCCUUUGGAACUUGACAAGUUUCUGGAGGAUGUCAAGAAUGGGAUCUACCCCUUGAUGAAUUUCGCCUCAUCGCGACCUCACCCCGUCCCCCGCGCCCUCUCCUUGUCUCAGGAGCAGGUUGAGACGGUCAAGUCGCCGACUCCUGAACCCCAGGAGACAGAAACAAGGAAGGUUGUUCAGAUUCACUGUAAUUUGGAGUCAAAUGAAGAAGGGACCAAAACUCAUCUCUCUUUGUUUCUGAAGAUGGAUGAUAAACUUCAUAGGCAGCUUAGCUGUGACAUCCUUCCAUCGGACACCUCCAAAGAUCUUGCCAGUGAACUCGUUCACUACGCCUUCAUAACUGAGGAGGACAGUGAGAAGGUCGCAGGGUUCCUGGAGGACGCCUUCAGCCGACACCGGGUCCGAGCGCUCGCCUCUGGGGGCGCACAGUGAGGAGGGGUCGCGACAGCGGCUGGCCCAGACAGAGGGGCCCGGGCGUUGACCACACAGAUCAAGAAAGGGAUCACACAGCCGGGAACGGAGGAAGCUGACCCAGCUGGGCAUACAAUGGGGACAAAUACAAAAGAAUGCUGGGCCUUGACAGUCAGUAAAUUAUCCCAGAGAGAACGAGAGAACGCCAGCGCUGAGAAAGGAACCAAAGGCACCUCUAAUUGGAGGACCAGAGGCAUCAUGGCUGUGUUCAGCAUUCCCACAACGCAGUGGAAGAUUUAAGAACUCCCUGCUUAAAAGGGCUAUCAUGCCUUAAGAUAUCUUGACAACUUUUCCAUAAUGCCACUAUUCAGAAUGGAUAUGUUUUACUUUCAGAUGCAGCAGCUAUGUUUUCAGAAGGAUAUUUAUUGCUCAAAAGUCUCCAAUGUCCACUUUGAUUGGUGAUUAUUUACUUUGAUUAAAAAAAAACAAAAAAGGUAAUUUACUAAAGCCUCUCUCCCUUACGAGCCAGAACCCUCAGUUUUUUACAGUUGUAGGAAUUUAAUAUUCCGUCCAACAUGCACUGUUAAGACUCUUCAGUUGACUUAUUUAUUUCUGUUUAACUGUGAAUACUAGAAGCUUUGCACAGGCCUUUUUUCUUUUUUCUUGACUUUUUAUGAUGUGCAAAGUUAACACACCUGCACUCUGGGGUUAAAGGCUUCUUCUCCCAGAGCUAAACUCCCUAAUGUAGGGAUGAGCAAAGAGAUGAUGCCUCUCUUUUAGCCUGUAGUGCUCUUAAGGGUUUUCCCUGUGUAAGUGUUCUGAAAGCCAAAGACUUGCAAAGUGCCUGAUAUGGCAAUGUACUUUGGACACAAUUUCCUAAUGAAACGGCAUUGGUACCCAACUUAACAAUUUGAAAUUUAACUAAUCAGGCUGACUUUCAGUUUAAAAACCGGAAUGAUUGAUUCAUAAAAGUUCUGGUCUCUUACCAUGAGUCCACAUAGUCACCCUGUGCGAAUGUGAAGAUGAGCUUGACACCCAGAAAUGGCAGCUCCUUUAAGACCUGCGGCCUUUGUAUAUUGGACAUAUGGAUCAGGCGAUAAUGCUCUCUGCUGCAGUCAAUAUAAGUUUGGAGAUAGCUGCAGCUCAUGUACUCAAAUUGGAAUACAUCACAGGAAGCUUGUGAAGUAAAAUCAUAGUCUUAUAUAAAUGGGAGGAAGGGUUAUGGUGAUGUGAUCUUAAGACUUGUUAAUAAAAAAUUGGCAUAUUGUUGAUAAAUAUUCUUAUUUUUGCUGUAUUUCCCCAACUAUCUGAGGAUAUUGUCUAACACCAAAUUUGUUUAGUGUCUAUAGGUGUUUUUAAAGGAAACAUCUACCCAAACAAUAGAAACAAGCCUUCGGGCUUUUGUUUUUGUUUUCUCUGUCAUUUUUAACGUACGUAAUGACUGCAGUGCAGUGAUAUAUACAUGUAUCAUCAAAUAAAUUCAAUCAAAAUCUUUAAGAAUAUAUGGUUUUAGCAUUUUGUCUUUUACGUAAUCAAUAUUAGUGCUAACCUCUGGAGGAUUCCAUGUGCUGCAGGUGAUAAAACACCAUUUCUGAUCAAAGAGAGGAACAUUUUUGCUUUGAUCAUGUUCAUUUCCCAGUAUUAGAUCUACACUAGGUUUAUUCCAGGCAAUUUCAGUGUGAACUUUGGGACUGAUUGCACUGCAGCCCACACAAACACCAAAAUAGAAUACACUCCGUCAACUCUGCCAGAUUUCCUUUUCAAGAAUCCAAUCUUGGCAGCGUAAAAGAAGACUACCAUUUGGGUGGAUCUUUCCUUUACAAAACAGGACAGCAAAAAAAACAAUAGUGACUUGUCUGAUCGGUUUCAGCAGUGUACUGUUGUUUGUCGGCCUCAUUUAGCUCUGCUUCAUUUGUUUACUGGGUCUGUGAGGUCAUGGAUUCAUACCAGUUACACUGCUGUAUAGUCAUUGCUUACAGUACUUACUUGCUCUACUCUGCCGAGCCUUCUUAUCUGUGUUUCUGAAGACAGGAGCCCUGAAUUCUCCCAGACAUUAACCAACUACGGGGCUGUGGUGUACAUAUUUGUUUGUGGCUAUUAAAGGGGUUUACUGUUGGACAAACUGUCAAUGCAAUGCAGUGCCACAAUUGCUCUCUUUUUAUCUAGUAAGCUGCAUGUCUUAAUAGCCUGCAACCAUUCAAAACUUUGCAUUUUGCCUUUGUCAGUCACAGUUCAGUUCCAAGGGGACCUGACCAAGAAAAUGAAUGUUAAGACUGUGCAAACAUCCAUAUCAGUCUUAUUUUAUGUCUUCUUUUCCCGUGAAUCUGUUGAAUGAAACUUUCCUUUGGAUGUGUUAAACCUUUGUUAAGUAUUGUAGCUACUGCAAUUAAAUACAUGACAAUAAACAGUAUGUGACAUGUUG